AUGAAGGAGAGGGUUUCAGACAUUUAGAAUAUCUACAACAAUUCUAUGGCGAUUAAAUAAAUUAGUAAUCUUGAUUUUAACAUAGAGUAUAGAGAGAAACUUCGUUAAAUCUAAGAGACUGAUAUUAUGAGUUCGCUCUAUUAAUUUCGUAAAUUGACACAAUAGGAUUUAGCAUAAUUCCAAGAAGGUGCAAAAUAAAUAUUUAAAAUAAUUGCACCAGGAUUUGAUGUACACGAUAACAUUAGUUAAGACACGAUUUAGUGAAAUUACUCUUACUUCCACCAGCAAAGUAUUCAUAGAGUUGUACUAACAUUUUGGUUUCGUUUAAAAAAGUGACACUUUGUAUAAUGAAUUACUUCACAAUUCCAAGUAGCAGAUAUUUCUAUGUCUCAUUCAGCAUUUGAUAGAUCUAACCAAAAUUGCAUUAAAGUGUGCUGUCAAACGGUUUUUAGACAUGAAGCUCUUUUGUAUAGGUAAAGAGAUUGAAAAGUCUCCCAUUUUAUUAAAUAAAAGAAUUGACAUGAUUCAGUUUACAGCAGUUAAAAAGAAUAAAAUUAAAAGAGUAAUGAGAAGUGAAUCCAAUUCUCUACAUUAAUCUGAUAAAAAAUAAGAACUAAGAAUUAUCAUUGAUAAAAAAGAUCGACUAUCUAUUCAUGAUGUUAUUUCUCAUUGUGAUAAAAGUGAAAUCAUCAAAAAAAAUAUAAGAAAUUAUGAUGAAAUUAACAUUGAUAAUAUAUCUACUACUUGCAAUAGAAACAUAUAAAGAUAUUAAAGUGUCUAGAAACAUACUGAACCAACUACAUAAAGAUUACAAUUCCCAAGCAUUUAUAAAAAUUCCAAUUCUGUUCUUUAUAAAGCUCUUAAAACACGUAAUUAAUCCAUUAGUCUAACCAUAUCUAAUUACAUUAGAGAAUUAUAAGACAAAGGAAUUUAUGAAGAAUGA